AUGGCUUCUAACAAUCUUGAGAAAAGUGCAACGGCCAAUGAACCCCAAGCAGUCCCCUCCAGUCCCAGUGACCAUCGCGCCCCUGUCCCGUCGGCACAGGUCGAUGUCGCUGCCAACUAUUCCGGCUGGUUAUACAAAGACCGGCGCAUCGGACCCGUGAAGAUCCCUCACUAUGCGUCACCUGCUGUGCAGCUUACACUUGUUGCCUUUGUUUGCUUCCUAUGCCCUGGAAUGUUCAAUGCCGUUAAUGGGUUAGGCGGCGGAGGCCAGUUUGAUGCCAAAACGAGUGACAACGCCAAUGUCGCAGUCUACAGCACUUUCGCAGCGGUGGGCUUCUUUGCCGGUUCCAUCGCAAAUAGACUGGGCAUCAAAUUGACACUCAGCUUGGGCGGACUUGGCUAUGUCCUCUACAUCGCAAGCUAUCUCAGCUACAACCACACAAAAAAUGAAGCAUUUGUCAUCUUCGCUGGCGCUGUUCUCGGUGUAUGCGCUGGAAUGCUAUGGGCUGCACAAGGUGCAAUCAUGAUGAGCUACCCAUAUGAAGAGAGCAAGGGCAAAUACAUAUCGUGGUUCUGGAUGAUUUUCAAUCUUGGUGCCGUUAUCGGGGGCCUAAUUCCUUUGGGCGAGAACUUUCAUUCAACCGCAGGCAACGUAACAGAUGGUACAUAUAUCGGCUUCCUGGUGUUAACUUUCUUCGGGGCUGUACUCGCCUGGACGCUGGUGGAUGCGCGCAACGUCGUACGAAGCGAUGGUUCACAUGUAAUCUUGAUGAAGCACCCGUCAUGGAAGAGCGAGAUAUGGGGCCUGUUUGAAGUUCUUCAAAGCGACACCUGGAUUGUGUUUCUGUUUCCAAUGUUUUUCUCCAGCAAUUGGUUUUAUACCUACCAAUUCAACGACGUGAAUGGAGCCAAAUUCAAUAUCAGGACAAGAGCUUUGAACAGCGUCCUGUACUACAUCAGCCAGAUCAUUGGGGCCUAUGUCUUUGGAUAUGCACUCGAUCUGAAAGGACUUCGACGAUCGACAAAGGCUCGAGUUGUCUGGGUCAUCCUGUUCGUCAUGACUAUGGCGGUCUGGGGAGGAGGCUACGCCUGGCAAAAGACCUACACGAGAGCCGAGACGUCGCCCAAGACUUAUGUGAAGGAUGAUUGGACGACUAAAGGCUACGUUGGCCCAAUGUUUCUCUACAUGUUUUAUGGCUUUUAUGAUGCUGCGUGGCAAACGACCGUGUAUUGGUAUAUGGGAUCCAUGACCAAUAACGGACGAAAGUUGGCAAAUUUCGCGGGAUUUUACAAAGGACUGCAGUCAGCAGGUGCUGCAAUCUGCUUUCGCAUUGACGCCUUAAAGACGCCGUUCAUCAACAUCUUCGCAUCCUGUUGGGGCUUGCUUGGAGGAUCUCUUCUGAUUGCUGCUCCAAUGAUUUGGACAAAGAUCCGAGAUACUGUGCCCAUCGAAGAGGACCUGAGAUUCACCGACGAGACCUUUGAGGAUGUGAAGCCUCUAGCGGACGCCGAUAUCCAUGCUGGUGUUACAACUGCUCCACGAUAUAUUCCGGAAAAGGGGCAUCCUUGA